AUGUCUGGCCCGUUGGUACUCAUCACCGGGAUCACCGGUUUCCUUUCGGCGCACGUGCUUGACGCUGUGCUCGCGUCUCCUGCCAACUACAAGGUCCGAGGUACGCUUCGAUCUAUCAGCAAGAAGGACGAGAUCCUCGCUCGUUUGAGCGCACAAGACCGUGAGAGGGUCGAAUUUGUCCAAGUGGCCGAUAUAGCGACGUCGGAUCUGUUGGCUGCCGUUCGAGGAGUCGAGAUCAUCCACCACGUCGCUUCGCCUUACCAGCUCAACGUACAGGAUGCCGAGCGUGAUCUGCUGAUUCCGGCUGUCGAAGGCACUUUGAACCUGCUACGCUUUGCCAAGCACGAAAAGAGCGUCAAAAAAAUCGUCAUCACCUCUUCGUUUGCUGCUGUGACAAACUUCAAAGAUGGUGGCCCCUACCGUCCUGGCUUCGUCUAUACAGCUGAUUGCUGGAACCCUUCUUCGUACGAGGAUGCGAUUAAAGCCGGCGGCGCAGGUGCAUUCUCCUACUCGGUCAGCAAGAAGCUCGCCGAGAAAGCCGCUUGGGACUAUUUGGCCAACGAAAAGCCUCACUUUGAGAUUGCCUGCAUCAACCCACCCAUGAUCUACGGCGCCACGUUGCAACCCGUUGCCAAACUGUCCAGCCUCAACACGUCGAGCAAAACCAUCUACGGCCUCAUCAACUCGGCCGACUCUAUGCCCGAAGACCGUCUACCUCUCUUUUGCCAUGCUCGCGAUGUCGGAGAUGCACAUGUCGCGACGACCGAGAAGCCCGAUGGUAUGGGUCAACGAUGGUUGCUGUGUGGAGGCAAGUUCACCUGGGCUCAUGCGGUCAAAUUCAUUGCAGAGCAAUAUCCAGAUCUGCAGGACCGCCUGCCUAAAGGUUGGAAGGAGGCUAGUGCCAAUCCACGCGACUUGAACACCAUUGUUGAUUUGGACACCAAGCCAGCACAGACCAAGCUAGGAAUGCAGUUCCGAGACUGGCAAAUCACGCUCAAGGAGUCGCUCGAUAGCUUGCUCGAGUUGGAGAAGCGUCCUGGCUGGAAGAACUGA